AUGACGGGGGUGUCCGAUCUAGUAGAAGAAGAAUGUCGUAUGGCAAUGCUUGUUGAUCAUAUGGAUAUCUCACGCCUCAUGGUGUUUGCCCAACAAAUAGAAGAGUCAAAACUCAAAAAAGAGAGGGCUAGGGAGAAAAAGAGGUCUAGGGUGGAUAAUGAUGGGUCCAAUGGACAUAGUUGUUCUAGGAAUCGACAAAAGUUUUCCGGACAAGGCAAUUCUAAUGCUCCUAAGUAUAAGGAUGAGAGGGUGUCUACCCCUUGGCCACAAGGGAAAGGUAGUGUGUCCCUACGGCCCACUUGUUCUAGGUGUGGUAAGAGGCAUGAGGGUAAGUGUUUGGCCGGUAGAGAUGGUUUUGAUGGAUGUGGUGAUAGUGGCCACAUGAAGAAAGAUUGCCCAAAGGCAAAGGCUACUAUAAGAGAGGAUGAUGCGGAUUCCCCGGCCAGUUCUGACAUUCCUCCGGCCACCACUGGAAAUGUGCCAAUGGAUGAUAUGGCAGUUUAUGAGUUAGAGGCAGAGACCGAUGAGGAGUAA